AUGACAGAAUCACAGGAAGGCUUUGUUUUUACCAAUUUGGAAGCAACUAUGCAAGCUUAUGACGAAGAUGUGGAUAACAUCUUAUUAGAUAAUGAGAACACUUUAGAUGGGUUAUUCUUCCAAAUGGACGAAUUAAGGAGGAAAGAUAUUAAAUUGGAUUUGGACAUUAAAACUUUCCUUCUAUAUAAACGUCAGAAAAGGAUCCCUAGAGGGCUUAGGAUAAGGAAAUUCCCCUCUUUUCUGGUACAUGACAUGGACUUUAUCAGAAAAUGGAAUCAAAUUUUGGAUACUUGCUCCUUUGCCCUGAUGGAAUUAUUAAUUGAGUUCAAAAAGGAACAAAGGAAGGAGUCUAUUGACUUUAUUAAAACAGUACAAAAAGAUCUACAACAGUUCCAAAAUGACAAAGACUUUAAAUCCUAUGAUAAUAAAUUUGAAGCCAAUAUGGCAAAAUUUACGAAAGACCUAUGGGAAUUUAAGAAACAGAAAUUAGCAAGGGACAAGAGGGACUAUGAGUUUAAUAAAGUUUAUAGAUGGCAAAGUGGUGUGAGAGGUCAGCGUCCUACUUCCAGUUUCCAUAGAAACAAAGUAGAUACUCAGCCAAAACAAGGCAACAGCAAAAAAGUGCAUUUUGCAGAGACGGAAUACGACGUGGUGGAUUUAGAUACCCUUCUGGAAAGCAAGAUGGCCACCCGCAUCAGAAAGCCUGCUAGUAGAUCUCCCAUCUCCCGCGAUUGUGCAUUACAGGCUGGCUCUCCCAGAAGGGAGACUAAGGUUGCUGUCCCUGUCUUUAAGCAGCGAGAACCCAGUGGAGAUAAAUGGAAAGGUGUAAGAAAGAGCCUUGACUUUGACAAACCACAAGAUCGCCUGACUGCAUCGACCCAAACAGAUCAUAGACCACCAGACGACCCACCCACCCCUGAAAGAAGAGCAGCCCUUAAAUCAGGGCUGGAGGCUUUAAUACAAGCUGGUGGAUUAAAGGAUUUAGCCAGAAGAGAUGUUGGACAGGGACAAUACAGGAGUAAGGGAGUUUUGCUUCCUCAGAGACCACAGGGAUUUCGCCAGCCACGUAGAACUGAGCCAACCCGACGAGCACAUUUUCGGGACAAGACACUGGCAUCCAUUUUAAAAGAGAAUCAACCUCCAUUAAGGGAGAAGAAGACCCCUUGGGUACCUCCCAACCCAACAUCACCUCCAGCAUCUCCCAAAAGGGCUAACUUGGGUAUACAAAAGAAAAGGCUAAAUGUAUCCCCAUUAAGAAAAUCGGAAAAUGCUGAGGAAGCCAAAUUCAAAGAACCUGAGAAGGAAUUACCAAUGGCAGCUGGCAGUGAAGCUGUAAGGUUAGCAUGGCUGGACUCAGUAACUGCAAAAAGAAUGCAAGAGUUAGACAAGCUGUACAGGGAGGAAAUUUCACAUCUGCGAACUCUUAGGGAAGAGGUACAACCUCUCUACAGAUUACCAAUAGGAUAUGUUCCCACAAAUCAGGCUUCUAAACAGGUAGACUCUUCAUCGUUGAAGGCAGCAAACAGUUUGGUUAACCUUGAUCCAGGGAGUCCAGAUAAAUAUUCAGAAAUAUCUCUGCAAGAUUAUAAUUUGGAGUCUAUGAUCCAAAGAAUGGAAGAAAUGGAAGCAGAGAAAAUGCUCUUUAGUAACGGCAGAAUGAAGUGCGAUUUUUGCACGCUUGAUCUUCAUGCCGUUCUCAGUAUGUCUCCGUCUUCUUUUUCCUACAAAGAGGAGCGGCACCAUUUUGGGCUUUUCCUAUAG